AUGGCCAUGCCAAUGAAACAAGCUUGGAUCUGUCAGGCAAUGGAUAUGCUAUGUCAAGCAUUAGGCCGAGGUAAUCAGUUGAUAUACGGCUACGACAAUCGUUACGUGCUACUUGUCCCUCCGAGUAUGAUAUGGCAGCGCGUUAAAGAGGUUAUAUCGGAAGAUGAUGACGUCCGAGAAGAACGGCGCGCAGAGUUUCUACUGGCAGAAGAUUGA